UCUUAUCUUUCUCUAUCUUUGAUCCCGUGCUUGCCCCGGUUUCUUAGCACUGGUUGUGAUGCUACAUUUUGGGUUGAAUAUACACCUUUUUGAGGUUUUUGUUUAUCUGUAGUUAUUUUGUGCAGUUUAACUACCCUGAAGCUGAACGGGCAACAUUGUGAAACAUGGCAGGAGUUAUCCGGAGGCUCGACGAGACUGUUGUCAACCGGAUUGCUGCAGGAGAAGUUAUCCAGCGUCCUGCCAAUGCCGUCAAGGAAAUGAUUGAAAACUGUCUGGAUGCCAAGUCCACCAGCAUCCAGGUGACGGUGAAAGACGGCGGGCUGAAGCUCCUCCAGAUUCAGGACAACGGCACCGGCAUCAGGAAAGAAGAUAUGGAAAUUGUUUGUGAACGCUUUACCACGAGCAAACUCCAGACUUUUGCGGACCUCUCGGCUAUUUCAACCUAUGGAUUCAGAGGAGAGGCCCUUGCUAGUAUAAGCCAUGUUGCUCAUGUGACCAUAACGACAAAGACAGCUGAUGCCAAGUGUGCCUACAGAGCCAACUACAGCGAUGGCAAACUAAAAGGCCCUCCUAAACCCUGUGCUGGAAACCAGGGAACACAAAUCCUCGUGGAGGACCUCUUUUAUAAUGUGUCCACCAGGAGGAAAGCUUUAAAAAGCCCCAGUGAUGAGUACUCCAGGAUUGUAGAGGUUGUCAGCAGGUACGCCAUACACAAUUCAGGGAAAAGCUUUUCUGUCAAGAAGCAAGGAGAGACUGUGGCAGACGUGAGGACUCUUCCCAACGCAUCUGUAGUAGAUAAUAUUCGAGGAGUUUUUGGCAAUGCAGUCAGCAGGGAGCUGAUCGAAGUUGGCUGUGAGGAUCUGAAGCUUGCUUAUAAGAUGAAAGGCUACAUCUCAAACGCAAACUACUCAGUCAAAAAAUGCCUGCUGAUCCUCUUCAUCAACCAUCGUCUGGUGGAGUCGAGUGCUUUGAAGAAAGCAAUCGAGACAGUUUACGCUGCAUACCUGCCUAAGAACACACAUCCUUUUCUUUAUCUCAGCUUAGAGAUUGCCCCACAGAAUGUAGAUGUGAACGUCCAUCCCACAAAACAUGAGGUGCAUUUCCUGCACGAAGACAGUGUCAUUGAGAGCAUUCAGAAGCACAUUGAGAGCAAACUGCUGGGCUCCAACUCCUCACGCACAUAUUUCACUCAGACGUUGCUGCCGGGCCUGUCAGUCUCAGGUGGCAGUGAGGUGAAGUCCUCCGGCACCACAGCAGAAUCCGGCGAGCGAGUCUACGCACAUCAGAUGGUGAGGACUGAUUGUCGCGCUCAGAAGCUGGAUGCCUUCCUCCAACCAAAAGAGAAGCCACCUCCUGACCCCGAACCAGCUGGUCCCGGAAGCAUGGAGGCUACGACCAAAACCGUAGAGCCACAUGAUGUAGAGAUGGACGAGACGGAUGACGCAGACCUGCUGCAGGCCCUGGAUGAGCAAGAGGCAGAGGUGCCAAAAGACGACAAAGAAAGCAGCGUCAGUACUCAUGACGUUCAAAGGAAGCGUCCCAGGAAAGAGGAGCAGCAGCAGGAAAAAGAAGAGGAGGACCAGACAGCUGCAGACACGUUCAAGAGACGAGUUAUCAAACUGAACAGCAUCAAAGACCUGAGAACUGAGAUCACAGAUAACACACACAAAGGACUUCAAGAAAUGCUGCAGAAUCAUUCAUUUGUGGGCUGCGUCAAUCCCCAGUGGACUCUGAUCCAGCAUCACACCAAACUGUACCUGCUCAACACCAGCAAACUCAGCCAGGAACUUUUCUACCAAAUACUGAUCUAUGACUUUGGGAACUUUGGUGUACUAAGACUAUCUACACCUGCUCCAAUUUAUGAGCUGGCCAUGUUGGCUCUGGACUCUGAGGAGAGCGGCUGGACAGAGGAGGAUGGACCUAAAGAAGGCUUGGCUCAGUACAUAGUGGACUUCCUGAAGAAGAAAGCUGAGAUGCUGGAGGACUACUUUUCCAUGGAGAUAGACCAGGAAGGAAAUCUGAUAGGACUGCCGUUGCUGCUUGAUAAGUACACUCCCAUCAUGGAGGGUCUUCCAAUGUUCAUCCUGCGCCUGGCCACUGAGGUGAACUGGGACAGUGAGAAGGAGUGCUUCAGAGACUUCUGUAAGGAGUGCAGCAUGUUCUACUCCAUCAGGAAGCAGUACAUCCUGGAGGCAGAGCCGGGGGAGGAGCAGGAUGCUGAGCUGAACUCAUGGCGUUGGAAAGUUGAGCAUGUCAUCUUCAAGGCUUUCCGAACUCUCUUCAGUCCUCCAAAGCACUUGAGCGAGGACGGCACCGUGCUGCAGAUAGCUAACUUACCUGACCUCUAUAAAGUGUUUGAGAGAUGCUGAAUCUAAAUGUCAAACUUGACUGAAAAAAAACCAUACAUGCUGCUCUUUUAUACUUGAUUUAUAUUGUGUUGUAAAUAAAAUCUUUGUAUGAAACGUU